UCUAAAGGCUACUUUUCAUAUCUUGAAAUUCUGAAUUACCGUACAUUUUGAUACAUUUCCCUAUUUUACAAAACAACUUUAUAAAUACAAGUGCUAUCAGGACGUUACAAAGCAGUUAGUGGUUCAUAUUAAGAACAAAAAACUUCAAAAUGUUGACAUGAAUGGAAGUCAUACAAACAACCAAAAGCAUAAUGCUUGUUAGCUGCGUUAACAUUAGCUUUAGCUACAUUAGCACAGAUAGCAAGGCAGUACAUAGACUAAUGUCAAAACUAUCAAACAUUUAUUUUACAAGGGUUAAUCAUAUGAUCAAACUUCUUGCUACAACCAGCAACACUUGUUUUGCCAGUUACAUUGACAGGGAAACUGAAACCUUAGGAGAUUUUCAUCUACACUCACACACAUCUGGUACUUGACAGCAGCAGACUAACAGAGGGCUUUGGACAUGCUAACUGCAGGUCAAGUCGACGCAGGCUGAUGAAGAUGUUGGGCAGAGUCACUUGGUGCUGUGUAGCUCUGCUCCUUGCCCUGACCUCUGUGUCGGCUGUACAGAAGACGCUCGAAUCAAUCAGUGAUUUGAAGAAAAUCGACUUUGGCCAAUCUGUGCCCAAGCACAGUCUUCUGUUGCUCCACUGGUUCGCCAACGAGAUCAACAUCGAUAACAACGGUAUUAUACAGCUGACCUUUGACCCAGAGAGGGGAAAUUAUGGUUCACAUCAUUAUGGCAACUUUGAGGGGCUGCUGGACCCACUGCCUCUGGGAAAUCAAUACCAGUACUACACUAUUGGAAAUCUCAAUCAGGGCACCUCAAUCGAACUUCCUCCCUAUGUGGUGCAUCCCCAAAGGGAGUAUGUGGGAAGAAACAGAGACAGGAUCAUAAUUCGGGUCAGGGACCCAAACAUAGAAGGGCGAGCACACCGGAGAAUAGACAGAGUGUUUAUCACACAGCAUUACGACAGUAAUGAAAAUCAGGGGACCGCUUAUGAUCCAGAUCAUACAUACAGGAUCACUAUUAACCUCCUGAGAGAGAUCAGAGAGUUUGAUGUGGGAGAAAAUGCACGGCCACUGUCAUAUCUCAGAAACCACUUUGGAAGCAACGCUGAUGAUUUCGACAUAGAAAACACAUGGGGUAAACUUGCUUGCCUUGGACUGCUGUUGUACAUUGUGAUCGAGGCAAAGCACUCCCCUAACAAACAGAACAACCGCCCUGAAAGCAAAAGAAAUCCUAGUAAUGAGAGAAAGCACAAUUUUCCUAGAAAUGUCCAAAACAAGAGAGAUUGUGUCGUGAAUAUCGCAAAUUAUGAGGACCCUGUAGCCAGCAGGCGAACAGGAAACAGAGAAUCAGACUGUUGCAACACUUCAAAUUGCUGUUUGAUUUGUGUUGCCUGCAUAAUUGUAAUUGUAUUAGUAUUUGUAAUUGUAUUUGGUAUUAUUUAUUUUCGUUAAAUGAUAAGAAGAGAUACAGUGAUUUAUCUUGAGGGCUUCUUGGAAGAAAACCAAAAGCAGAAAACAGACAUAUAGAUUGGGGUGAUACUUUUGGGCUCUGCAUUGUUUUUGUAUUUAUUUUAGUUUGUUUCUUUAUUUAGAAACAAAAAUAUAAUUAAAACAGGGAGGGUAAAGAUACUGUUUAACACCUGAACAUCCUCUAAGGGUUGUUAUGAUGUAUGUCUUGUUUUCAUCUCCAUAAUUUAGAUUUCUUUAACUUUUGAAUCUUUUUGGUGAACGGUGUUAGUUUAGAUUGACAUAUAGACUUGGUAAAACAUGUUUUAGAUGAAAACUUAAAUCUUCAAAUCUCAAACUGUGCGUGAAGAUAGGCUGAGAGUCUUCAGGACAUUUAGAAGUGUAUAGCCCAAUUUACUCAUAAAUACAGUUUGUAAAUAACAGGAGGGUUUUUUCUUUAUACUUUAAACUGAACACAUUGGCAUUUAUUGAAUAUUUUACUGCACUGCUUUGGCGCCAUCAUAAAGCUCAUAAAGGUUCAGCAUUAAUAAUCCAAUAGUAAUGAUUAACUGAUGAUUGUACAAUGUCUGAUACAGACGAAUAAAAUACAAUUUUACUGAAAAAUGAAA